UGCUAAACGCCAUAUAAAAGUUCCUGUCUGAUAAAGCUCCUCAUUCAGUCGACUUUUAUCUUCUAAAUGUGUUUCCAAUGGCUGAGGAGGAUUUAUCACUGUCUCCGAGGGAGACGUGCCCGGCGGAACAGGGGCUACAGCAAUGAGAUCUCCUCUCACCACAGAGGAUGCUACGGCAGCAGCGGGGGCCUCUCAAGCAUCCAGGGACAUGGAUCCUUCUUCUGCGGUGGGGAAGGUUCAGUCAUCUACAGCCGGGGAGCUUCACCCUGCCAGCCCAUGCCAACAUCAUCCACCUACAACGUUGCAGGGGGGUACAGAUGUGGCAGUGACGGAUCUGUUGUAAUAACCAGUGGUGACAAUAGGGGGACAUCUGGCUGGGACAUUUCAGGGGGGACAGUCCCAGUCUACGGCAGCAGGGGGAAAAUAGGGUGCAGCAGUGAGGACUCAGGCCAGAACAUCAUUAUCAGCUCAGGGGAUGGUGGAGGAUCCAUCUGCCACAGUGGGAAAUUGGGGAUCGCUGCUGGAGGAGGCUCUGGAUAUGGAUACGAUGCAUCACCGAGGGAAAAGGCCUUAACAGGAGGGGUCAGCGGUGGAUCAGGGUGCCACAGUGGAGGAUUGGGCUAUGGCAUCAGGGGAUGUUCAGGCCCAGAGCUCAGCUCUGGAGGUGAUGGGUUCUCCCAGGACAUGCAGCAGAAAUGCCCCGUGGUCAUUCCCAACAUUGAGGACCACCAGUGCAAGCAGAGCAGCCAGUGGCCCCCCAGUCAGAAAAAGUGACUGACCCAGCUCAAGCAAAAGUGCCCUGGAUGUGCCGCAAUGCGGCUUUUCCCCAACCAUGUCAUUAGGGUCAGGGAGUUUUGCAUUCCUCACAUUGGACUGUGCUAGCAACGUUGCUGCAAGCACUGCUGGGAAAAGUGAUUUGUGCUUUGGUGAUGGGCAAAGAUUCCUCUCUUCAUCUCGU